UCUCAUCUCUUGCAUCAUCGUUUCACCUCAACAAACACAACAUAAAACACAAACAAAUCCAUUUUCUUUCUCAAUCCUUCACUUUUUUUUCUCUUUCUUGAAUCUCUACUCAACACUAUUCAAAUACACGUGUGUCUUUGUUCCUCUGAACUUGUCCCUGUCUCUCUCUUCUUUCUCUCUCUAAAACCCUCCUUCGUUCUUUCUUCUCUAACUACUCAACACUGUAACAGAGCAAAAACGCACUUCUUCGCUAUCUUCUUUCAACAUUGUCGUUAUUUAACGACCGUUCAAUUUCCAACCGUAACGCAACAACUCUUCAUUGAUUCUAAGUUUUCUAAAGAGCUUUCGUGACCGUGUAAAUGGAAAACUUCCCAACAACAAUAACAAGAUCCACUCUGUUACUAGUGGAAUUUGAUUUCCUUUAGAUUAGUUCUGAGAGGUACCAGUGUUGUGGGAUAUGAAAAAUCUGCUGUAGCUUCUGUUUCACGCUAUUGAUUGGACAGGGAAACUGACAUGGAGGUUCAAAUUCAUCAACUUGAGCAAGAUGCAUACUCCGCUGUCUUGCGUGCUUUUAAAGCUCAGUCCGAUGCUCUUACUUGGGAAAAAGAAGGUUUGAUAACUGAGCUCAGAAAAGAGUUAAGGGUUUCAGAUGACGAACAUAGGGAGCUUCUUGGCAGGGUUAAUUCCGAUGAAAUAAUCCACCGCAUAAGGGAUUGGAGACAAACUGGCAUUUACCAACCUCCAAGGCGCACCACAUCUCAGCCUGUUCAUGACAUUUUACCCAGUCCAACCGUUUCAGCUUCCCGCAAAAAACCGAAGACAUCACAUUCGGGUCAGUCAUUGCCUGGUUUGUCUUCAGUGAAGCCUGUACAGUACGCUUCUACUCCCACUGGGGCUAGACAUUUCGCAAAUCGCAAUUCUUCUAGUAAUCUGAAUGCACCUGCUGAUCCAUUGAUUGGGAAGAGAGUUUGGACUAGAUGGCCUGAAGACAAUCACUUCUAUGAAGCUCUCAUAACUGAUUACAACCAUGCUGAGGGCCGGCAUGCUUUGGUUUAUGAUAUUCAUAAAGCGAAUGAGACUUGGGAAUGGGUUGAUCUCAAAGAGAUACCACCCGAGGAUAUACGAUGGGAAGGUGAAGAACCGGGCAUACUACACAGAGGUGGACAUAGCGGGCAAGGUCGUGGAGCUAAGAAAUUCUUUGGCCAUGGUGGUGAUACUUUAGGUGCUGGAAGAGGGAGAGGACAUCCAAGAUUUCACUCUAGAAAAGAACUCAUGCCGCCACAAAAUGGUAUUGGAAAUAGAGUUCCGGACGAAAUUGAGUUGCUAAACACAGAUUCAUUAGUUAAGGAGGUGGAAAGGGUUUUUGCUGCAAGUCAUCCAGAUUCUGUGGAGCUUGAGAAAGCAAAGCAAAUGCUGAAAGAGCAUGAGCAGGCUCUCGUCGACGCAAUUUCGAGGAUUGCAGAUGCAUCAGAUGGUGAAAGUGAUGGAGAACAACCGUAUUCGCAUGGACAAUUACUGGAAAGAGGAUUAGAGCACGUAAAUCAGCUGCAUGGUGGAGACAAUCGUGACCCUGGAAGAUGAUUGUUUGCACUCUUGAAGUCUCAUGUAGAAGUCUGACUGUGUGUGAAAUGUAUAUGCAACUAAACAGCAUAAAAUGUUCAAAGAAAGUCCUCUUACAGAUUCACUUUCUGUCAUUUUAAUUUUCAUUUCUCCAGACUUUUGUCUCUGAAAAUGCCCACGUGUGCAUUCUGUGUUCAGCUACAAUUAAGGAUAUAGAGACUCAUUUAUUUGGCACAUAAAUUGUUUUAUCUUAAUGCAAAUUUAAAAUGUUAAAACUGAAAUGAAAAGUAGUUUGGUGCAUUUUUCUCAA